UUUUUUUGGGUACAAUUACAUAUUUUUGACCUUACUCCAGCGUGGACUUUGCAUCAUGCUCUGUAAUCUAUAGGCUACAGACUGUCAGCACUGAUAUGGAGAAACACUGCUCGGUUUAUUCAUUCCCAUAUGCUGCACGGGAGGACUUUAUAAGCUAUUGAACAGUCACAUUAUCUAAUUGUCAGAUUCAGACUAGACUUGAAUCAAGACUAAGGCUCCUUUAAUCAAGCAGCAGCUGCAGCAGAAAGAUGGCUCCAUGUUCCUUGGGGAGGAGACUGGUGGCUUGUCUUCUCAACGUUUCAGAGGCUCGCAGGAAAGACCUGGUGGAGACUGUGGCCAAGGCAGCAUUAUACAACACUGAAGGUGAAAGACGAGAGGGGACCGCGGUGCUGAACAUCUUUAAUGACCAAGACUACAACCGUUCUGUCAUCACCAUUGUGGCCAGUAUCGACUCUAUCAGAGAGGCGGUUCUGUCUGCAUGCGAGGAGGCCUGUGGGCUGAUCGACAUGCGUGCUCACGCGGGGGUCCACCCGUGUAUGGGUGCCGUCGACCUCAUACCCAUCUACCCCCUGGGGGAGGAGGUGGGAGUGGAGGACUGUGCUAAAGAGGCUCGGGCUGUGGCUCAGGGACUCACAGAGAGGGUCCAGGGCACCAGUGCUUUUCUGUUUGGCUGGGCAGACUCCCCCCUUCAGCGGGGGCUGGCACAGAGGAGGAAGGAGAUGGGCUGGUUCAAGAAGACUGCAGACAUGCAGACAAUCAGGCCCGACAUGGGGCCGCAGCCACACAAACAAUUUGGUCUCACAGGUGUUGGAGCCAGUCCAUAUGUCAUGAACUGCAACGUCACUAUUGACACCCAGGACAUGGCCUUGGGACGCAGCAUCGCCAAGGCCAUCAGGGAGUCGACCCCGGAGGGCCUGCCUGGGGUGCAAGUGCUGGCCUUGCCACAUGAUGGCGCUGUGGAAAUUGCCUGUAAUGUGGAAAGCGUGAAGGGACGCUCACCUAGUCACAUGACUGCAGGUGAACCAUGGCCAUGUUUCAGCAUUGACGGCCAGCCGUACUGUCAUGCUCCAGCUUCUCUUAUCACAGCGAGGGUCGCAGAGCUGGCAGGCAGGCAGGGGAUUGGUGCAAAGGGCACUGCGCUGGUGGGGUUCACCCCCCGAGAAUGCAGGGGCCUGGCAGAGUUAGCACUGUCUCAAGGGAUUGCUGAGUUCUGGAAAGAGCAGCACAGGAUCCGUAUGUAAAAAUAAAUAACAGUGAAACCUUGUGUGAUGUCACUUUAAUUACCAUGAGAAUUGACUGUUUGUUAAGCCCCGCCCCCCUCUGUUACGAUUGUCAAGCUUUCCAUUACUGCAAGUCUGCACUUAUAUAACAGUGGCAGAUUUACCACUCAACAUCCAGAGUUAUUUUUUAAUCAAUAGGUCUUCAACGUCACACAGAAGAAAGCAAAAGUGAGUU